GAUUUCCCCGCGCGGUGCACGCCGGACCGGGCCGGCGGCUGGGAGGACCGAUGGUGGCGCCGGGCGGCAGCGGUGACGGUGGCGGCAUCGCGGGGCCGGGCGGAGCAGCUGGGCGCCAGCUUGGGAUGUCCUUGAGCAAUGGCCUCGAGUCAUAGCUCUCCACCAGUGCCUCAUCCAAGCAGCAGUGAUGGAAAGUUCAAAAAAGAAAUGGAGCGCUCACUGAAGCCCUUUAAAGCUGUUAGAUCUUUGCCAGAUGUGUGCCCCAAGGAACCAACAGGUGAUUCGAGCAGUUUAUGUGACAGCCCCUCCGUGGUGGCUGAUCAGCAUAGGUGGACAGUAUAUCAUUCCAAAGUGAACCUUCCAGCAGCGUUGAACGACCCCAGGCUCUCCAGGAGGGAGUCCGAUUUCUUCACAAAAACAUGGGGGCUGGAUUUUAUGGAGACCGAAGUUAUGCCUUCCUUCUACCUCCCACCCAUCACCAAGGAACACUUUGCAUCCUACCUACACGACACAGCUGCUCGCCAAAAGCUUCACGAGAAGUGUAAGGAAACCUGCCCGCUAAAGGAUGGACUAGAUCACACACUUGCACCCAUUGUACGCAGCCAUGACAAAUCAAGAACGGACUUGGAUCAUGUUCCUAAGAUAUUUUUGAAGUCAGACUUUGCUCUGGAGGAUCCUCCAACGUUCUCCAUGGUCUUACCCUGGUCACACUUCAGUGGUCAAUAUGAAGCUGGUGUAAAAGGUGCUCGUGACGGGGCAUCCUCGAGGUUAUUACAAGAAAAGUUAAGCCAUUAUUUGGACGUUGUGGAAGUGAACAUUGCUCAGCAGAUCUCUCUCCGCUCCGAUGCCUUUUUCCAUGCUAUGACCUCGCAACAUGAACUUCAGGACUACCUCACCAAAACCUCACAAGCUGUCAAAAUGCUCCGUGACAAAAUCGCCCACAUUGACCAAGUGAUGUGUGAAGGAUCUUUGCAAAUAUUGAGACUGGCUGUGACUAGAAAUAACUGUGUAAAAUUAUAUAAUAAACUCAAACUAAUGGCGACUGUGCAUCAAACGCAGCCGACUGUCCAGCUGUUACUGUCCACAUCUGAAUUUGUUGGGGCACUGGAUCUUAUUGCAACAACUCAGGAAGUACUGCAACAGGAGCUUCAAGGAAUUCAUAGUUUCAGACACCUUGGUUCCCAGCUGUGUGAACUGGAAAGACUUAUAGAUAAAAUGAUGUUGGCAGAUUUUUCUACCUAUACGCAUAGUGAUUUAAAUAGACCAUUGGAAGAUGAUCAGAUGUUAGAGGAGGAACGGUUGAUAUCUUUGGUUUUUGGGCUCCUCAGACAAAGAAAGCUAGACUUUCUGGAUAUCUAUCAUGAAGAAAUGAUCAUUGCUGCAAAAACUAUUAUUAAACAGAUUGUGAUCGAAACUAUUGCACAAAUGGAAGAAAUAGACACAGUCGUAGUGCUGAAGCUUGCAGAUCAGAUGCGAAUGCUCAACUUUCCUCAGUGGUUGGACCUUCUGAGAAACAUCUUCGCAAGCUUUGUUCAUUUUUUGAAAAGAGUUAAGACAACACUGAUCACCAUUCGUAGUGUGGUCUUCCUGGUACUGGACAAAAGCCGGGACAAGGGCAGAGAGCUGGAAACUAUACCCUGUAAGAAAACCUCUGCUUUGGGUCACAAUUUGGACACAGAAGUGGCUUACUUGACUCACGAAGGCAUGUUUAUUAGUGAUGCAUAUAAUGAGAAAGAGCCAGCUUCGUCUGAAGUUGAAGCUGAGAGGGCAGCCCUUGCAAACAAUGAUCCAUGCGGCAGUGAUUCCGCCUCUGAACUGGAGUGUGGCACUGACUCCUCCUCCAGCAAGGAGCACUCAUCUUCAGCAAUACCAGGGGGACUGGAGAUCAUUUGUGAUUUCAGGAUGAGCGAGGAGUUGCGGCUGACAGAGUUGGAGCUCGGCCGGGUUGCCAACAAUAUUCAAGAGCUGCUGUACAGUGCUUCUGACAUGUGCCAUGACCGCUGUGUCAAGUUCCUCAUGGCCAGAGCUAAGGAUGGUUUCCUUGAGAAGCUGAACUCCUCUGAGUUUGUGGCCCUCUCGCGAACCGUGGAAAUGUUUGUCCAGGAGACGGAGGUGAUUUGCAUCAGGCGCAGCAUGUCCCUUCGAGGCGCUCUUCAGAGCCAGGCCAACAAGUUUGUCAACCGCUUUCAUGAGGAGCGCAAGACAAAGCUGGGUCUCCUGUUGGACAACGAGCGUUGGAAGCAAGCUGAGGUUCCAGCUGAGUUCCAGGACUUGGUGAACUCCAUUGAAGACGGAGUGAUUGCUUUACCCGAGAAGAAAGCCGCAGGCCCACAGGAAGGAAAGCCACCAGAGUUCCUGGCUGUGGAUGGGGAGAAGUAUGCUGUAGUUGGGACAGUGUUGCUGUUAAUAAGAAUAAUAUUUGAAUACUGCCAAUGUGUGGAUGACAUCCCGUCAAUCACUACUGACAUGUUGACUCGCCUGGCAGAUCUACUGAAGCAUUUUAAUUCACGGAGCUGCCAGCUUGUACUUGGAGCAGGUGCUUUACAAGUCGUGGGACUGAAAACUAUAACCACCAAAAACCUGGCUCUGGCCUCUCGUUGUCUGCAGCUGAUUGUGUACUAUAUCCCCAUUAUCAGGGGGCACUUCGAAGCUCGCCUGCAGCCCAAGCAGUACAACAUGCUCCGGCACUUUGACCACAUCACCAAGGAUUACAAUGAUCACAUUGCUGAGAUUUUGGCAAAGCUGGUCGCAAUUAUGGAUGGACUCUGUGACAAAACGCUGUCAAAGUAUGAAGUGAAAGCACCAGUCCCCUCUACCUGCUUCCGAAACAUCUGUAAACAAAUCUCUAAAAUGCAUGAAGCUAUACACGACCUCUUACCUCCAGAACAAACGCAGAUGUUGUUCUUGAGAAUCAAUUCAAGUUUCAAGGUUCACUUGAAGAGACAACUCAUCCGUUUAAACGUGGUGAAUGAUGGAGGACCUUUACACGGGCUUGUUGCAUCAGACCUAGCUUUCUACACUGGAAAUAUUCAAGCAUUAAAAGGGCUUGAGAGCUUGGACAUUAACAUGACAGAAAUAUGGGAGCAGAAAAGGUGACAUCCUGCAGAACACCUCUUUGCAUGCUGAUCCUCCACCUUCACUGCCCGAGGCAGCAAUCAAAAAUAAAUGACAGUCCUCCACUAGAGCAGCAUCUCAAACCAAAACGAGGCGCGACUCGGAGAAAAUGUCCUCCCGGCCGCAACUGUUCAGCUGAGUGUUCUUUGUUUUUAAUACCUUUCAACUAGGUUCAAAUGUGUGUGGACCAAAAGCAGUACUGUACGUGAGCUGGAAGACUAUGUAGCACUAAACGAUGCUUUGCAUCUGAUUAUUUGUAUGUAAACCUCGUGCAAUUAUAACACUAUUUUAAACAAAGUUAAUGAUGGUACAGUUUAUAAAAUAUCUUUUAAAGUUGUAAAUUCAUGCCACAUUAAUAAUUCAACAAAGGUUUUGUUUAUCCAUGGGGGUGGGGAACUAUUAAUAAUCUAGGAACUUUAUUUUUUUACAGACCUUUCUAUGAAUUUUAAAGAAAAUCUUUUGGAGUGGCGGUUGCAUAUCAGAUAUACAUUUACCCAUAGCCCAGUUUGUUGUUCAAGCAAAGCUUUAAAACCCAAGUAUUUCAGUUAGUUGUAGUUGUACUCUAUGCGUUCCACCUUUGGUGAACAAUAGACAGCAGUGGUAUAUUUAUUUCAAGGUAGCAGCUUCACCUUUUGUGCAUAAUCGCAGAUUCCAGUUUUAUUUCCAAAAAAUACAUGCUUGGGAUGGCACUUCUGUGCUUAAAUCGUCUCACUGGUUUUCGAUGGAAAUACUGGUUUUGAUAUUUUUUCAACCUGUACCUAUAAUUGAAGUGAUCGAUCUGAGGUUAUUUUUCAUCAUCUUGUGGAGUUUUGUGCCAUCUGUAAACGGAGCUAAUGGUGGCUGUCCACAUUAGUCAAGUGCCUAAGUUUAUUUCCCAUGAAGUGUGUAAAGAAAGUUGUGCUGCCAGUGGUAAUGUCCAUCUAGACUGUGCCUAAACCCACUCUGGUGGUGCUGAUAGCAACUUGUCUCCCUUUUGUGCUGCUAUGAUUAAUUUAAAACUGAGCUUGCUGAGGAUUGAUGAUAUCUAAUAGUAAUCUCGCUCCAAUCCUUGUGUUUUUACAUUGAAAUCUCAAAUAAAAGUUACAUGGAAUUGAUUUAU